UCACAAGGAGAAACGAACACUAUUAAAAUUUCCCGUUCGUUCACACAAUUUUAUCGUAAUUCUUCGAUACCAAAUUCCUAUCGACAAUCGCAGAGCCAUGCGAAUGCAUUAGGGUCCUUUAAUUACGAACCAUCUAAACACAAAUUUAUCGAUACCAAAUAGCGAUCGACAAUCGCAACGAAAAGCAAUUACUUCUUGCUUGUCGAGAAUUGUUAUUUCGAUAUAUUUGAAGAACACAUUUUUUAGUGCUGGAAACGGCGCAGAGUGAUUUGUAGUGAGAAUAGCGCGGUGAUUGCCACCGAUGCCAUUCACAAGAAACUCAACCUACGAAUUCUCGACUGCGCGUGUGAGAAAGUUCCCGUGGGCCGUCCCUAUUCGAGUUCCGCCGUUUUCCAACACAGCUGCGCGUUAAGAAGAAGAAGAACCUCAGGUCAUGUUCGAGCGUUAAAUGUAAAUAGUUGGCAAUUGUGGUUAGUGAAGUGGAUGGCCAAGAAGCUCUUGGCGCAGUGCAGGGUGGCCGAAAACAGGAAACCAUUCGCCCAGCUGCUGUGGAGAACGAAAACGAUUAAACCUCGAGCAUUUGCUGUGACCUGACGCAGAAGAAGAAGAAGAAGAAGACACGGAAGCAACAACAACAACAACAACAACAACAUCAGCAGCAGCCCAAAUUGUUGCGUAUUGUUUUUUUGUUUUUUCAGUGGGUUUUGGGAGCGAAUUUCGUGAAAAUAGCGUGCUGCAAACAUACGCAAAACUUAUGUCUGAUAAAAGUGCGAAGGAAUCAUGUAUCAGUAAGAGUGCGAGCUGCAGCAGCAGGCGCAAGAGAAGAAAGUGAGCGAGAAACGCAACGAAAAGUAUAUAAUCCGUCACCAGGCAGGCAACGUGCUUUGUUAAACGAUGUCCCAUGGCGAGGAUGUGUUAGACAACUGGGAGGAAAUCGACGAGGCGGGGCUCUCCAUGACUCUGCAAACAAAGCUGCAGGCGAGCGACCCACCAGCCCACAAGAUGAAGCUGCUCCAACGCCCGCAGAGCCUCCAGGACUCCCCACAAAUCGGCAACCCUCUGCCCCGGCAGAUCACAAUUGCCCGAAAGCCGCAACCAUCGCCAGCAGAGGUUGAUCCGCCUGCCCAGCAGCCCGUCAUGAUGGUGCUGCACAAGUCCUCCAAUGAGUACGAUGCGGCCAGCUACGCCACGCCCACCAGCAACCAGACAGUCAAGAUACUGCGUCGGCCCGCCCAGGCCGAGGAACGGCGGGACACCAACGGGAUGCGGCCCAAGCAGCCCAUCAAGACGCUCAAGCAGCGCGAACAGGAGUACGCCGAGGCCAGGCUGCGCAUCCUGGGCGCGGCCAAAAACCCUGAGGAUGAUAAACCUGCUGCUCCCAGCUCGCCAGCUGUAAACAGCAGCAGUGCGGCUGCGCCGCCCUCGGCGCCUCCUACCACUCCCCCUGCUGCCAGCAGCAACAACAACGUCAUUAACAAUAAUGGUAGCCAUCCAGCAGCGGGAAUGCAUCGCUCCAGCUCGGCGCCAAAGAUGUCCCAGGUGGCGCCGAUGUACAAUAACUACAACAGCUACUUCCAGGGGCCGCACAAUCAGCCAGGCCUGAACUAUUACUAUCCGCAUAACCCGCAACAGCAGCAACAACAGCAACCGUCGCCCUCGAUGCAGCCGCACUUCAACCAACGGCUGCCGCCGUAUGGAGGCGGAGGAUCGGGAUUGGGAGGAGUUGGGAUGCCGGCUCAGGCGCCGCCCCAGUCGCCGCCCAAUCCCCAAAGCUGGUCACCUGUUGUGGGCGGAUCCGUAUCCGCUGCUCUUCUGCGCCAGCAGUCGAUGCAAUCGCCACAGCAGCAGCAGCAGAAUCAGCAGCAGCAGCAGCAGCUGGCCCAGCAUCCGCAUCCCUUCAAUGACCUCGUCCUGCGUUUGCCCAAGGGUCCUUGUCCAAAUGGCUCCAUUGGCUUUCAAAUGCGCCGGUAACAUCGGCAACAGCGAUGGAGAGUGGCCUGUCUAAUUCAAUAAAUUCUUAUUUUCAUCUUGGUACAUUGAUUCCAAAUGCAUGUUUCUAUAUAUAAAAGAAAAACAACCGAAAACAACAACCCACGAGUCAUUUUGAGAUUCUUUGUCGCCAGACAUUCGGUGUGGCGCAUGUUCGUUGUUAUAUUCACUGGCUAGACCCAAGCAUCAACAACUAU